UGCGGCGGGGAGGGGGGCAGCACAGGCCCCGCUGCCGCGGGGAAGACGCGGCUCCCGGCGCUGUGCGCCCGAGCUGCUGCUGGUUACGCCAGCCCCGCCGCCUGCCUCUGCCUCUGCUCGCCUCUGAUUCUGCGCACAGCCAGCCCCAAAGCCUGUCAUUCUGCAAAACACAGUUUACUCAACAGAGCGAGUGGGGGAGCGGGAGAGGUGGAGAGAGGGAGACGGCGCGGAGGAGCCCAGUCCCGCAACCCAGCAUGGCUUCAGGGGACCUUUACGAGGUAGAGAGGAUUGUAGACAAAAGGAAGAACAAGAAGGGCAAAUGGGAGUAUCUCAUCAGGUGGAAAGGCUACGGAAGCAAUGAAGACACCUGGGAACCUGAACAUCAUCUACUACAUUGUGAGGAAUUUAUUGAUGAGUUCAAUGGACUACAUGUUUCUAGAGAAAAGCGAUCAAGACAUGGGAAACAGGCUCCUAAGUUUUUACGGGAAAGCCGAGGGUCAUCUCUUGAGAAAGUAUCACAUAGACCACCUGAAACUGGGAAGUCUAAAGGGUCAACACACAAAAGGAAGAGAAUUAACCCAUCUCUUCAAAAACAGAAAAGGGGAUACACAGCAAAGCCACCAUCUGCUAAUGAUAGGGCUGCUAAAACUGUGACUUACCGAACUACUCCCAGCGGUUUACAGAUUAUGCCACUGAAAAAGCCACAUAGUGGUCUGCAGAAUGGAGAUGGUAGUCAUGAAAAGGAUUCUAGACAUUUUGGGAAUGGCUCACAACAGCAAAACGCAGAUUUAAAUGAACAUGAAGGAGAACAAAACUUGGCCAGCGUGUUGGAAGUUAGUAACGAUUCACCUGUUGUGAAUGGAAUUGGUUCUUCUCUGGCCAAUGGAAGCUUGAAUCUACACAGCACUGUGAAAAGGAAACUAGAUGGGGAGAAAGAUUAUGUCUUCGAUAAGAGACUAAGAUACAGCGUGCGUCAAAAUGAAAGUAACUGCCGGUUCAGGGACAUUGUAGUCCGGAAAGAAGAUGGUUUCACACAUAUUUUGCUGUCAAGUCAGACUUCAGAUAACAAUGCAUUGACCCCAGAGAUCAUGAAGGAAGUUCGGAGAGCAUUGUGCAAUGCAUCAGCUGAUGACAGUAAACUCUUACUUCUCAGCGCAGUGGGAAGUGUAUUCUGUAGUGGCCUAGAUUACUCAUAUUUAAUUGGCAGGUUAUCCAAUGACAGAAGAAAGGAAAGCACUAGGAUUGCAGAAGCUAUAAGGGAUUUUGUAAAAGCUUUUAUUCAGUUUAAGAAGCCCAUUGUGGUUGCUAUCAACGGCCCUGCUCUUGGGUUAGGAGCUUCUAUUUUACCACUAUGUGAUAUCGUUUGGGCAAGUGAGAAGGCGUGGUUUCAGACACCAUAUGCAACAAUCCGACUCACCCCAGCUGGCUGCUCAUCAUACACAUUCCCACAAAUUCUGGGGGUUGCACUGGCCAAUGAAAUGUUGUUCUGUGGGAGAAAGCUGACCGCACAGGAAGCCUGCAGCAGAGGACUAGUGUCACAAGUAUUUUGGCCAACAACAUUUAGCCAAGAAGUGAUGCUACGAGUGAAAGAAAUGGCAUCCUGCAGUGCAGUGGUAUUGGAAGAGUCCAAAUGUCUUGUGCGGAGCUUCCUGAAAUCUGGACUUGAAGAUGUGAAUGAGAAAGAGUGUCAGAUGUUAAAACAGCUGUGGAGUUCUUCUAAAGGACUGGAUUCAUUAUUCAGCUACCUGCAAGACAAAAUAUAUGAAGCCUGAUGUAUUGGCUUAACUUAGAAAAUGCCCCAGUUGUGAACCAAGUCAAAUGUUACCUGUGUUUGAAAAGCAGAGGCAAUGCAUCAGUGAGGAAUUUGUGACAGUGUAUCCUAAUACAUAUGGUUGUGUUGAUUUCCUUGUGAGAUACACAGCUGCUUGUAGCUGGUAUGAUUUUGUGUAAGCGAGACGUAGGCAGGCUUGUUCAGUGCACAUAAUCUCAACAGAGGGCUGCAUCUUUCACAUUGCUCAUCCAGGUAAAAGUAUACAUUCCAUGUGCUGAGAAGCACCAUUGAGGCCCAGUGAGGCACACCAUCUGUAAUGAUUUAUUUUGUCUGUCCUUCUUAACUUAUUCUUGCUGUUGCCACACAUCUGGGCUGACACAGAGGGCUCAAUCUAAAAACUGGGUCAGCCCAGUAUUUUGUAGACCCAAACACCAUGCUUUAGAAAUACCUUGAUUUUUUUUCAUUUUUCCUAAGUUCUAGCAGUGUAAUGGAAGAAUUUGAUAAUUUAUAUGUAUAAUAUGUAAAGUUAGUUUUACAAAAGCUACUAGGAAUUUUUUUCUUUGUUGAAUUUAUUUAACUUAUUUAUUUUGUGUUCAUGUUCAGCUGUUUGUUGGUCACAGGUCUGAUUUUUCAUACUGCCCUUGACUGAAUUAAUGGCAUCACAUGGGAAUGCAAACACAAUUACAGCAGCAAAUUGUGUAGAAAAAUAAAGAAUAUAUCGGAAACACGCAGGAUGCUGCAGGCAUUAAAAGAAACAGUCACGUGCAUGCUCCUCUGUGUUUAAAAUUGUACAAAAAAAUGUAUGGAAUAGAUUCAUUUGUGAGGGUUAGAGGGGGAAAAAUGGAUUCUGAAGCAGCGAGUCCCCCUUAAGUCUCUCUUCACUUUCUGCCUUCUUGAGGGGCAUUGAAGGGCUUGCCAAGGAGAUGCUUUAUUUAAGUUGACUAUACUCCUGUUAGCCGGGUAUCAGUGACAGGGUGAGUGGUGCCGUUAUGUGGCGUUGUACUGUUUUUCAGGUUUAAACAUCCCCUUUUGGUCUGAAGUCUAAAAGCAACUCCUUAUGAGCCUUAGUCUAGUUGCCUGAUUCCUCAGGUGUGAGAUAAUUCCUGCUCUGGAGGCCUUUGGGUGCAGGCCAGCAGUUUAUACAAGGUGCUAGGUAUUGAACUAAAUGGAGGGAGCAGUUUUGUUUUGCUCUCCACAUCUGGCCACCCCGCCAUCUGGUACAAGAACUUAAGGCUAUCCAUAAAAGCAGUCCACAGUAAACUACAAAAAACCAAUCUGCUGUUUUAGAAUGUGAUCCUAGUACUUUUCAGUGACACUGAUUGACUCCUGAACACUGGACCUCCAAGUUCUGUCUCGUUAGUGAAGCAAUUAAUAUGGAAGUAACUCAAGCAUGCUCUGUGACUCCCCUGCCAUUGCGGUGUGCCCAAACCAGCGCUUUUUGAAGCAGAAGCUUUGCACAUUUGUUUGCUUUGUGAUUUGUGCACUUGCUCGCUGUCCUUCAGCUCAAUUACUUGCUAAUGGUUUAAACCUCUGCAAAUGAAGCUGCUAGGUUUUCUCCCUCCUGGUAUUUCCAUGAUGAGUUUCAACAAAGCCUCUGUAAAGUUAAAGGUGAUUAAAGUACACAGUAACCUUCAACACAUUAAUAUAACAUUCUUUUUUCUCAAUAAUUAGAAGUACUGUUUCUACAGCCUAACUACCACUGAAUUUUAAGGAAAUCAGCACUUUAAGAACAGAAAUUCUCAUGGAAAUUCUUCAGUAAAAAGACAAAGUCUGGCUUCUAAUUAGCCUGUUCAGUGGUUUCCACAAAAAAAAUAAAAACAGAACAAGUAACUUCUAAGCAUCUGAAACUAAACUCUUUCAGUAACUAUUGGAAGUGAUGCGUGCACCACUUGUUCUAGACUAAUACUUGCUUAUUUCCACAACCUGCCAGCAAGGCCUCAUAGUGCAGGGACGUAGCUGAGUCAGGGCCGUGGGAUCCCCUACUCUGCUGCUAUGCACAUGUGAGUCACCUGGAUGGCAUUUAACAAGAGGGGUUAAUCAAAUGAAACCACUCACAUGCAGAACAUGUGCUCACACAGUCCAGCAUAUGACUUCAUAAAGAGAAACGAAAAAAAGCAAUGGAAAGUACCAUGAUUCCUCAGUUUCCUUCAUUUCCUUUAUGCCUAUUCAGAGAGCCAUAACUCCUAGUCAUGUGCUAGUAAGACAUUAGGAAGUUUAUUAUAAUACUGUGCUUGGGUUUUGCAGACAGAGAGAAACUGCUCAGCAAUGUGAAGGUAUGCUUUCCAGAUGAGAUUUUCAGAGAAGAAUCGUAAGUUGUUAAGACCUUUAAACUGCAUCAUUUCAUCUGAAUUUUCAGAUACCUAUAUCUUAGCAUCUUAGCAUUUUUUAUGACAAAGGAAUGGUUGAAAUACAUUUUUCUAUAAUUAUUUUUCCAUUAAAGCAAGCGCUAACCAUAGUUAACAUUUUUAAUUAUUCAUAUCUAUACAGUUACAGUCUAGUUUUCAUGGACUCUAUUUUCCCUUCCAAAAAGAGUAAUAACAAUGUCAAAAGCUUCUUUUCCAGUAUUUAAAGAUCAGAAAUCAAUUUUCUCUUGUGUUUCUGUCCUUACUAGGUAUUCAGAUAUCUAGAUGUACUGUACAUGUUAGUCUGGGUACCUUUACUAAUAUUCACAGUAUUUAAGAUUAUAAAUGCAAUUUGUUGUUAAGUAUGUUUAUUCUUGUGUAAAUUGUUUUGUACAAUCUUUAAAAAUCUACAGUUUUGCAUUUGUAGAUAUUAAAGGUAAGCAAUUUAUUUUGUGUUGUCCUGCAUGUAUAUUUUUGCUGUAGAUAAGUGUUGCUUAGAUUACUAUUUCAUUACAUUUCUGUUUAAAUGAAUAAGCUUACAAACUUUAAUACAGUAUAUAUUUUCAGAAUAUAAACUUUUAUAUUUCUGUGGUAGGUUAGGGUAUGCGUUUUAGGCAAUCUUUUUCACUACUGUUAACUGUUCUUUUAAUCUCUGAUAUAAUGGUUUUGUGCCAAUAGUUUUUCAUUAGAAUAAAAUGCUCUUUUAAUGGUAGGGAUAAACACACAAUUUUGGUUGGGGUUUGUUUUGGUUUGGUUUGGGUUUUUUUAUUAUUUUGCCAGCCUUUACAGUUUGAAAAUGUAGUUUUAUUGCAUUUGUGAAUAAGCCUUACCAUUAGGUACAAGAAAUCUUUAAAGCUAUAUAAAUUGCUUAUGAUGUAGUGCUAAGGACUUCCCCAAAUAAUUGCUGUAAGAAAGUUAGCAAAUUAGAGUACAGGGCCUUAAGUUUUUCCUGUGAAAAGGGUAAUACGGGUUGGUUUUGAACAACAUAGGUAGAUUUGUCAGCAUGGGCUUUGUUAUAUAUAAACUGUGCAUUUGUGCUCCCAGCCACAGUAGUUUAUCUCAGGCUUUGUGUGGCUGGGUCUAUAAAAGUCAAAUCUGGCUAAAGCCAGCGCUCUUUAGGAGACACUAAAGAAGUUUACAUAAGAGACUUAUAGACAAUCUUAUAGUACAUUUGGGUACUCAGUAUCCUAGAUGUGUUAUCUGUGUCUGCCCAAUUAACCGUAUGUUUUAAGCCAUAUUAAAUCUCUUUACUGCUACUUCAGAUACUACACUGAAAGUCAUUCACUAGCUUGCUUACUCACAGACGGGAUUUCAGUUUUUAGUGAAUAAAAAUAUUAUGCCUUCCAUAAAAACAAAGGACCAAAGAAUUCCAUUAUUUUAACAAAGCAUUAGUUCCUUCACCAGUGAACUGGUUUGACAUUUAUACUGAAGAUCAGUCUAUUUCUGCUACAAACACUGCAUUCUCAUCCAUGUCAAGCAUAAGGGGAAAAGAUGUAUCCACGGACCUAUAGGGAAAGGAGUGACGUUCAGCUAGGAUGGUAUGUCUAUUGGUAAGGCUUAUUACCAAACCUCUGAGAAGAAGCAAAGAACCAAAAAUUCACAAAUUACAUCAAUGUAACUUUAUUUUCAGAACUUGCACAAAGAAUUAAUUGUAAAACUUUGCAAAUUAGCCCCUUAAGUUAUUUUGUCAAAAUGCCAUGGAACAGACUAAAACGGUUUCUAAUAUUUGUAACAAUGAGUACAUAUUAUAAUAUGAUAAGGGUACAGGCACCCCUAUGUCACAGUGUUGUAAAUAUUUUCUGAAACUGGUACAGUACUGAGGGACUUGUAUCUUCUGAUAUAUGAAAUAUUGGCUGUCUAGAUCAAACUGUACACAAUUUAUUUGUUGAUGGUCCUGUAACUAGUGUAUGGACACAUUUCUGGGUGCCUUAGAAGUUGUAUUUUUCAUGUGUGUUAAUAUGCAGUAUUUAUACAUUGUGAGAAGCUGCUUUGAAUAAAAACAUUGAAACUUCA